GCCGCGGCGUGCGCGGGGGGCGGGGCUGGCGGGUAGGGAAGAUGGCGGAGGCGUCGCCGCAGCCGGGCCGGUUCUUCUGCCACUGCUGCUCGGCCGAGAUCGCCCCACGCCUGCCCGACUACAUCUGCCCACGGUGUGAGUCUGGUUUUAUUGAAGAGCUUCCUGAGGAGCCGAGGAAUGCUGACAACGAGACCAGCUCCUCUACGUCAGCCACUGAUCAGAGCAGGCAUCCUUUUGAGAACGUGGAUCAGCACUUGUUCACCUUGCCCCAGGGCUAUGGCCAGUUUGCUUUCGGGUUCUUUGACGACAGCUUUGAGUUUCCCUUUGGGUCCAACGUGCAGCCGGAAGACAACCGGGACUCGGAGAACCGGCGGGAGCGCGAGCACCAGUCCCGGCACCGCUACGGCGCCAGGCAGCCCCGCGCCCGCCUGGCCACGCGCCGAGCCUCGGGCAGGCACGAGGGCGUCCCCACGCUGGAAGGAAUUAUCCAGCAGCUGGUCAAUGGGAUUAUUGCACCAACCACAAUUCCAAACCUAGGUCUGGGCCCUUGGGGAGUCCUGCACUCAAAUCCGAUGGACUAUGCCUGGGGUGCUAAUGGCCUGGAUGCGAUUAUCACACAGUUACUGAAUCAGUUUGAAAACACUGGACCGCCGCCAGCGGACAAAGAGAAGAUUCAGGCCCUCCCCACCAUACAGAUCACACAGGAGCACGUAGAUUCCGGGUUGGAGUGCCCUGUGUGUAAGGAAGACUACACAGUGGGAGAGAGCGUGCGGCAGUUACCGUGCAAUCACCUGUUCCAUGACGGCUGCAUCGUCCCGUGGCUGGAGCAGCAUGACACGUGUCCCGUCUGCCGGAAAAGUUUAAGUGGACAAAACACUGCCACAAACCCCCCAGGACUCACAGGGAUGAACUUCUCGUCAUCCUCCUCCUCCUCCUCUUCCUCCAGCUCACCAAGUAAUGAAAACUCAUCGAACAACUCAUGAAUCUUAAAGUACCCUCUGUCCCCGGGGCCCUUCCACUGUUCCCCCUCCCUCCCUGGCCACCUCGAGCAGCCUAAGGGGCUUCCAGAGCAGAGCGAGGGGAGGGGACAAGACAGGAGCAAUGCCCCCAGAAUUUCCUUUUGAUUUCUGAAGACACGGAGACUCUGGGUCCUUCAGAGAUGAGAAGCCUCAAGUUCUGUGAUGAAAAAGGGGGGAAAGAGCUCUGUCUGUCAAUAAAAACAUCCUCUUUGCGUGGACUUUACCCAUUGCAGUGCGAGGCUGCUGCGCUCCCCGGCUGGGAACCCCGAGGUGCUGAGCGAGUGGUUGAAUCCCGAAUGGAAAGGUUGUUUGUAUGGGUUUGAAUUUGAGAUCCCUUUCUUUUAUUUCUUUUGCUCCUCCUCCCCUUGGAUACUAUCUUUACUGCUUUGGAGAUUGAAGGCUAAAAUGGAAGCAUAAGGAUGCUGCCUCUCCCCAGGAUCGCCAUCUGGGGAGGAUCAAUAGCUGUCACUGAAACAGGAACUCUCAAGUAGACCCCGGGAUCCUUCCCUGUCCCAUCUCAAGUCCCUUUUAUUUCUCUUUAUAACCUCGCCCGCUGAUACUCAACACUGAAAGGGGUUUUUAUAAUCUUAAAUUAUUACUGUUGUCAAUAAAUGGACAUUUCAGCUCUG